GUGAGUGGACGCAGUUAUGCCAACAAGCCGAUUAUUGAAGACUACUGAAGCCUCUCUGUCAAUUUGCGUUCGAUCAAACAAAGACGGACACACAAUACAUCUGAGGCUGAAGUUUUUGUUUUUACGGGGCGGAGGAUUCAUUCAGCAAAUCACAGGGAAGUACUUUUUUUAAUGGCUGCAACUUUUUAUGGAUUUGAGAAAGCCAUUGUUUCUAUUAUAUACGAUUUAGAGACUUGCAAUGUGUAUUUGCUAAUCUGUAGAGAGCUAAAAGUGUUUUUUAGUCGCUGUGGUGUCACUGUUUUAUAUUUUUAAUCUCAGUACCUGCAUGUUACUUUAUGUUUACAGCCUGCCUAAAAGUAUUUCAGAAAAGUUUUUUUUAUUUUGUGAAGGAAGUUAACACUAAAAGAAUGCAUGAAAUGAAAAUGGCAGCUGCAGUUUACUUUUUUAGUAAGUGAACUUUACAACCAGGUCCCUACAAGCCAAGUCAUAGGGAAAAUAGAGCCCACUUUGUCUUGCCCAGUUUAAAGUGCAAAGUAUGAAAAUGAACAGCCUCUCCAGGAGUACCGAGGACCAGAGAAACAUUAGCGAGAGCCCGUCUCACAAACCGGAGACAUCCAGGUACCGCAGCUGGAGCAGCCUCCGCUUCUCAAGGUGGAGAAGCGGCUCCCAGCGGACGACCCCCCCUGGUACCCCCUCCCCAAAGGCAGAGAAGAGGGCCGAUGUGACCAAGACGCUCUUCUCCUUGGUUCAGACUCACAAUGACGACUUUACGGCAGAUCCAGAUGGCGUACUUGAAACCAACGAGGAGGGCGAAGGAGGCAGCGACUACACAAAACCCUCAUCGGACCAGUCCACCUACUUCCAGAAGAAUUUAGUGUCAAUUUUGCAGCCCGGGGUCAACAAGUUCUCCCUGCGCAUGUUCGGCAGCCAUAAGGGUGUUGCUGCUGAGCAGGCCAGGGUCAAGAGCUUUGGAGUGUGGAUCAUCCACCCUUACAGUGAUUUCAGGUUUUACUGGGACAUCGUGAUGCUCCUGUUGAUGAUGAGUAAUCUGGUCAUUUUGCCAUGGGGAAUCACCUUCUUUGAAGACCAGAACACCGGGCCCUGGAUCACCUUCAACGUCCUGUCUGACACUCUCUUCCUCAUGGACCUGGUUUUCAAUUUCCGCACAGGCAUCCCGGUAGAGGACAGCCACAUCAUCCUGGACCCCAAAGAUAUCCGCAUGCAAUACCUCCGCACCUGGUUCCUUGUGGACUUCAUCUCCUCCAUCCCCGUUGACUACAUCUUCCUCGUUGUAGACCUGGAGUCCCUGCAGGACUCGUCUGACGUGUACCGCACCGCCCGUGCCCUGCGCAUCGUGCGCUUCACCAAGAUCCUCAGUCUGCUGCGUCUUCUCAGACUGUCUCGCCUCAUUCGUUACAUUCACCAGUGGGAGGAGAUUUUCCACAUGACUUAUGACCUGGCCAGCGCUGCGGUGCGCAUAGUCAACUUGAUUGGUAUGAUGCUGCUGUUGUGCCACUGGGAUGGCUGCCUGACCUUCAUGGUGCCUAUGCUGCAAGACUUCCCCCCAGACUGCUGGGUAUCCAAAAACAACAUGGUGAAUACUACAUGGCACCUACAGUACUCCUAUGCCCUCUUUAUGGCCAUGAGUCACAUGCUGUGUAUAGGGUAUGGUGCCCACCCUCCAGAAGGCCUGACUGACGUUUGGCUCACCAUGAUCAGUAUGGUCGUGGGGGCCACCUGCUACGCCAUGUUCCUUGGUCAUGCAGCGAACCUGGUCCAGUCCUUGGAUGCAUCACAUCGCCAGUAUCAAGAGAAGUACAAGCAAGUGGAGCAGUACAUGUCGUUCCAUAAACUGCCGGCGGAUGUAAGACAGAGGAUCCAUGAUUAUUACGAGCAGCGAUUCCAAGGCAAGAUGUUCGAUGAGGACAGCAUCCUUGGAGAGCUCAGUGAUCCGCUGAAGGAGGAGAUUGUCAGCUAUAACUGCCGUGGGCUUGUAGCCAACAUGCCACUGUUUGCCAACACCGACCCUCAUUUUGUGACAGUGAUCCUGACCAAGCUGCGUUUCGAAGUCUUCCAACCUGCGGACCUUAUUAUACGAGAAGGAACGCUGGGUCGGAAAAUGUACUUCAUCCAGCACGGCAGCGUCACUGUCAUCCCACGUGGCAGUAAAGAGAUUACACUCAACGAUGGAGCAUAUUUUGGAGAGAUCUGCCUGCUAACCCAAGGACGACGCACAGCCACCGUGAGGGCUGAAACCUACUGUCGCCUUUACUCCCUGAGCGUGGACAGUUUCAACGAGGUCCUGGAGGAGCAUCCUCUAAUGAGGAGGGCGUUUGAGAGUGCGGCUGUGGACCGACUGGGCCGGGUGGCUCGCAGACCCAGUUAUCAGCCUCCACCAGAUGAGUGAUUUCCUCAGUACCAACGAAGAAAGACGCCUGCCAGAAAUGUGGAGGAUAUUUGUCAUGCUGUGACUGAUCUUGACCCCAUAACAAAGAAACCUUUGUUGUAAAUUUGACUAAUUGCAGUUUACUUUAGUGCUCAAUGAUGGAUGUAGAACCUCAGUUUUAUUUAUUUACACAUUAUUGCUGCACUUGGUUGAAAAUAGUGCACCUUCAGUUGAUUUUGUUUUGUUACUUGGUUCUCAAGGCGUUAGCUGAAAUCAAAUUUUGUGUUAGAUCUUUGUAUAUAUUUCAUGUUAGAUUCAUUGUGUCAUUUACAAAUCGAUGAAAAAAAAAUCACAAUUUUCUAGUUUCUUCAGCAACUUUGGUGAUACAUGUGCUUUUUUACCAUUGGCAACAUUAGCUUUUUCAAAUGUAAAUACUGCUUUAAUAGUUAUUUUUAGUUGCCUGUAUGCUUUCUGGCACUGCAGUUUCAUAAUCCAUCACAUCAUUUAUACGAGCGCGGGAGCACCAGCUGGGCUACACAUCACAUGGCUGAAUGUAGCGCUGAUUCUAAUGAUCCCUCAGAUCUGAAGGUUGCAUCAAGUCACGAUUUAAUAUCAAUGUUCACUGAGGAUAAGCUGCUGUGAUGUAAUAACUCCAACUGUACAGAUACAGAUUGCACACAGAUAUGCAUCAUUGUUUAAAUGGCCACAUUUAAUAGUGUUCAAACUUGAAGAGGUAAUCUAAAAAAAAUUACCUUUUCAUCUCUCCAAUUCGGUGUCCAGUAUUACUUUGAUUUCUUUCCACACAUGGACUUAAGUUACUGACUUUCCUUUUGAAUAACACUUUCAUCUGUUUUAAUUCUCUGCUGGCAAUUAAUAUGCAAACAAACAUUUCGCUUUAAA